UAACAAGUCGGCUCACUCGCCUCCUCGCAUCUUUUUAAUUGGCGCGCGUCUGCCAGGUGGCUUGAAGGGAACAGCAAAAACUUGGGUCAACUUCUGGUGGUCCGUGUAGAGUCCUGGAGAGGGACCGGAACCACGGAGCAGGAUCAGGACCGGGGUCCAAUGGGGACGUCGUAGAUGGUUCCAGGCAGCGGGAGCGAGUGAGUUAUGGAAAUGAAGCAUCGGUGACAUUUUAGGGGAACACGCGAAUGAAUUGGAAGCUUCUUUUUUUUUUUGUCUCGCGUGGGAAUUUGAUCAUCUUCCUGUCUCGUUCGCGUCGGCGCUGCCGUGUCUGCGGAAUAAUGGGCUGCACGGUGAGUGCCGAGGACAAGGCGGCCGCGGAGAGGUCUAAAAUGAUCGACAAGAACCUGCGAGAAGAUGGAGAGAAGGCGGCCAGAGAAGUCAAACUGCUCCUUCUAGGUGCUGGGGAGUCUGGGAAAAGUACCAUUGUGAAGCAGAUGAAGAUCAUCCAUGAGGACGGCUACUCGGAAGACGAGUGUAAGCAGUAUUGCGCUGUGGUUUACAGUAACACCAUUCAGUCCAUCAUGGCCAUCGUUAAAGCCAUGGUCAGCCUCAACAUUGACUACAGCAGCUCUGGCAGGCUGGACGACGCUCAGCAGCUCUUUGCUUUGUCCGCCGCUGCUGAGGAGCAAGGCAUCUUUCCUGAUGACUUGGCCAACGUGAUCAAGCGAUUGUGGGCCGACGGCGGCAUCCAGAGCUGCUUUGCUCGCUCGCGAGAAUACCAGCUCAACGACUCGGCGGCAUAUUACCUGAACGACUUGGAGAGGAUCACCACAGCAGAUUACAUUCCCACACAGCAGGAUGUGUUGCGCACUCGCGUCAAAACUACUGGAAUUGUAGAAACUCACUUCACCUUCAAGGAGCUGCACUUCAAGAUGUUUGAUGUUGGAGGCCAGCGUUCCGAGAGGAAGAAGUGGAUUCACUGUUUCGAGGGAGUCACUGCCAUUAUCUUCUGCGUUGCGUUGAGUGCGUACGACCUGGUGCUGGCUGAGGAUGAGGAAAUGAAUCGCAUGCAUGAAAGCAUGAAGCUGUUUGACUCCAUCUGCAACAACAAGUGGUUCACCGAGACCUCCAUCAUCCUCUUCCUCAACAAGAAGGACCUCUUUGAGGACAAGAUAACGAGCAGCCCCCUCGCCAUCUGCUUCCCAGAGUACACAGGCGCCAACAAGUUUGAGGAGGCGGCGAGCUACAUUCAGAGCAAGUUUGAGGAGCUGAACAAGAAGAAGGACACCAAGGAGAUCUACACACACUUCACGUGUGCCACAGACACCAAGAACGUGCAGUUUGUUUUCGAUGCCGUCACAGACGUCAUCAUCAAAAACAACCUGAAAGACUGCGGCCUCUUCUGAAGAUGCAGCAUGAAGAUGAUGAUUAUGAUGAUGAUUUUCAUCAUAGAAACCGUUCAAGAUUACUGGAAAGACAAACGUUGAAAAAUGUUUGUCUGAACUUUGACCUGGAAUACUUUGUCACACAAACACGCGCACGCUCACACACACACACACGUACGCACGCACACACCCCUUUAAUAAACAUUUUAGCUCAUUCCAUAAUGUUUAUUCUACAAAAGAAAAACAGUAAAAAAAACUUUAAGUGUCAUCCAUCUUUCAGGACCUUUUUAAGAAGAAGUCACAUUUGAAUCCAAUUCACGAAUAUCUUUUUUUUUUUAAUGACAAGAGAUGGUGAAUGAAAUCACUUUUAUACAACAACAAUAAUAAUAAUAUUGUCCUGCAUGACAUUCCAUUAAUAAGCCUGCCCCCCCUUCUCCUCUUAAAAUGUUUACAAAAAAACUGUGAGCUUUGAAAUGAUUUAUGUCGCUAAUUGUUGUUCGUUUUGAUUGACUUGUUUAUGUUUGUGCCUUGAUUUCGGUUUACUUCAUGGAAAAUGAUUCUGUAGGGCUAAUUUCUACUAUUCAUGUUCAUAAAUGUAUUUAACAAAAGUCAGUUCGUGUCUGAUUUUUUUUCUGUUUUUCUUCAAAAAUGAGAAUCAAGUGAGAAAAAAAUAAACGUUCUCAAAUUGUUUGAUUUUCAUUAAUUUUAGGAGAGUUUUUAUGUGCAAUA